UAGCGAAGUGGUUGUGUAUCAGAGGAGAGCAGUGGAGGGUGGAGCGGUGAGAGUGAGUGAAGGAGAUGGAGAAUAUAACAGCUAGUGAAUUGGCUGGAUUUGGAGUUGGAACUCUUCUGUUAUGUGCCUCCAUUGCUGCCCCAAGAAUUGAUGCUUUCAUCUCUGCCUCCCAGCGCAGCACUUUGGGUAUGUGCAAGAGAUGUGGCAAUCUGAGGAUGAUAGCAUGCUCAAAAUGUAAAGGAACUGGUAUACUUAAAGGUGGACCAUUUGGUCUUAACCUUGGUGAUGACUUGUAUCAAUCAGUAGAAGGUGGUGGAUCAAAGGUGCCAUCCAUUGCCUGCACAAAAUGUCAAGCUAGGGGCCAUUUCUGCUGCCCUGAUUGCUCUGACACUUCAUCGGUUUGAUCCUCUUCAGUUCAAGUGGAAGGGUUUUUCUUUUGAAGUUGUGCUCUCUUCCAAAAUUCAUCCAAAUCAAGCUUCCUCUUUUAACAUUCACGUACCAAGAACUUUGCAGAUAUGUAAUAGCAAUUCACAUUUUAUAAUCAGUGCAAAAUAUAAUAUAUAUCUUGGAAUAGCAAUAUAUGUACUCUAAAUCCUGGCUUUUAUGAUUUCUGCCAAAAUGCAUUGUUCCCUAUUCAUAUCCA